AUGCCACUACCAAGCGCGCCGCCGGCUUACGGGGAGAUUGCCAACACCACCAGCGAACCCCCAGCUUCGAAACCCGAAAGCCAAGAAGCCGAAGCAACCAGUUCCAGCGCAAUCUUCGAAAACGAGACCGCCGCCCCUCAUCUGCCCAGGUUCCCAAAACACCCAAACCUUCCGCCACCGCCAUAUCAGCCUUCCAUCACUGAGGUCGACGAAACAGCUGCAGCCUCAACUCGUAUAAAUGGCCGAUCUGGCACACGCGCACGUCGGCACCACCGUCGUCGUAGCGACGCGGGCAGUGCCGCUAUCGUUGCCGGGUCGAUUAUGAACGACUUGUUCACACGACGCCGUGAUCCCCAGCAGCAAUCUAGCGGUGGAACGAGCGACAGCUCUGCCGUCGGAAUCGCAGCCAUUGCAUGCAUAGUUUGCAACGUUUUUGGAUGUUUGUUCACAGGCGUCUACCUCCUCGCCAAGUCGUGCAAAAACUCCGGGCAAUUCCGUCUCGGCUACUUCCUGGCCGGCCUCUGGUGCCUGAUCGUUCUACCCGCGCUCACAAUAACCCUCGCCAUCCUCUACUUGCAACACAACCCGAAUUUUUUU